UAGUGGAACCGAUAAAAUUAUUAUUUGACCAACCUCAAUUUUACACUUAGACCACACAGCAGCCAGGCAGGCAAGUGAGGGUCCCUAUAUAAAUAAAUUAAGAGACCAAUCAACUUACAAAAGGCCCACACCAAUUAUCUGAUCUUCCCCCAACAUACACAAUAUCAAAAUGGGCAAAUCGGCUCUUUGGGUCACCACAUUCACCCUCGUGUUGACGGGCUUCCUGACGGCCCGGGCUCAGGCAGAGGCAAACUUCAAGUGCAGCAGCAAUACAAACGCCACGUGUCGAGCUCUAAUAGACUACUCUAGCCAGAAUGCGACCACGCUCCGAGACAUCCAGAAGCUGUUCAACGUGAAGCACCUCCCGGACCUAUUGGGCGCAAACGCCAACACGAUCCCGGAAAACGCGUCAGGCAGUUACAGCGUGGCGCCCAAGCAGGUAGUUAGGAUUCCGUUUCCGUGCACGUGCAGUAACGGAACGGGGCUGUCGAACCACGUGCCGUUGUACAAGAUCAAGCCUGGUGAUGGCUUGGACGAAAUGGCUCUCAAAGGUAUGGCUCUGAAGAUGUUAUGUCUCAGAGAUGAAGAUUGCAAAACUAUGACUUGUACCCCUGGCCCAAAGCCCUGCAGAAAGGAAUGCUUUGCUGGACUUUGCGUUUGUAACUGCUAGAGAAGGACUAUAUGGUUUAAUAAAAAUAAAUGUUAAGAUUGUCUUAUGUAUUUUAAAAUUUAAAAUUAAAAUAUUCAAUUUUAAAAAUUUUAAAAAUU